CGACAGCACAUUUAGUCUUCUGGAAUCGAUCGUCGAGUUACAAAGCUGAGGUGGGAAUUCGCCGUAUACCUGCCAUCAGUUUCGGAACCAGUUUCCAUCCAACAGUUCAGUUUGUGAUGUGUUGAAAGACAGUUAAAAGUGGGACUUUCAGAACACUGCAAGUGACAGUGAAAAUAAUCGCCUAGAACAGAAACAAUGCCUUCCGCGAACAAGGACAAACUGUUCGGCCCGUGGAGCCGAAGUGACAGCAGUGGAAGCAUGUAUCUAUCGAACAACAAUAACGCGGAUAAUCUGGUGAAAGUGUUUGCCCGUACUGCACCGACCAGUCCCCGUUGGACACCGGUCGGUUCCCGGCACAACUCGCCGCCAAUGCCCAGUUCGCCGUUAUCGUCUUCGCCGCCGUCUACGCUCCGUCGGAACUACUCCAGCACGUUCAUGUUGAUUCCCGAAGAUCGGGCCGUGGAUCCGGUUUCCAUAGAACCAACUCCACUGAUUAGCAGCAGUAGCAGCAGCAGCAGUAGUAGCAACAAUCGAGAUCGUCGGGAAGGUCGUUAUCGGGUUUCCAAUCUGCGUAUUGUCAUGCGUUUGAUCCUCUGGUGGCCGUUGUUACUGAUCGCCAUCGCCCAACGAGUUCUUGCCUUUCUGAUGCAGCUCUCCUGGCGUCCGUUUUUGAUCGCAGCUCCAGCCUUCUGGCUAUCCGCCUGUUUAUGGAUGUUCUGGAAGAUAAUUGCUCUUCCGUUGGCUUGCUUGAAGUGGGCUUUGGUUGCCUUGCACACACCGGCCCACGAGCGAAAUCGUAAGAAACGCACUAUUCUGAUUGGUUGCGGCAGUACGAUCCAGACGCUGCAUCUAGCUAGGAACUUUUACAAAUCGGGUGCCAGAAUCGUCGUCUUCGAGUUUGAGGGACUGUUCGGAUUGGCAAGAUUUUCUACGGCCGUAAGUAAGUUCUACACCAUCCAGAAACCUACGCCGGAUACGGCUAACGAAUACAUUGCCGCCUUAUGCGAAAUUGUCGAAAAGGAGCAACCCACGCACUACAUUCCGGUGUGUGCAACAAGUGCCGCUCACUACGAUGCCCUGGCAAAACCUCAUCUGGAACUGCGGGGAUGUUCAAGUUUCAUCCCGGGAGCACAAGAAACCUCGGUCCUGGACGAUAUACUGCAGGUGAUGAAAAAGUGUGAGCUGAACCAGAUUGCCAUGCCACCGCAUCAGGUAGUCGCUUCCAAGGAAGAUUUGCAUCGUUUGUAUGACAACGGAUGGUUGUCCGGUUAUCGGAAUGUUAUGAUCGCCUCCGGUUACCUGGGAGUUCUGGAACGCGCCAAAUACGUUCUUCCGAUGAACAGAAGGGACUUAAAGUUGAAUUACGAAAUUAGCGAGCUGCAAAAAUGGGUAGUCAUACGGGAUGUGAUCGGAGCUCAUUUCGUAACAUGUACGACGGUGAAGGACUCUCAGGUGGUAGCGAACGUAACCUGUGCCAUCCAGAAUGAUACCCGCAGUUUGCUGCCGGAACACAACGAGGAAGUUGAGAACUGGCUUAAGGAAUUCUUUCGAAAGAUUCGUCUCCAGCGUCCACUGAAUGGUCACAUCAGUUUUCGACUGGCGAAAUGUAAAUCGAGCAAGGAGAUACUGCCGCUUGGCAUCCGGGUCGGUGUAUCGUUGCCAUACAUCUGCUACACCGGUGUCCAUUCGCGCGUGAUCUGCAAACCAUGUCCGCACUUCAACCGACAAAACUCCGGCCCACUGGUGCAGGAUCGGGGCCGCUACUGGAUCCACGAAACGGUGAUGAACGCACUGCGUCGGCCCAGUGUCGACGCCGUGCAGCAGUUGAUCGGUACGGUGAUCGACAAACGGGAGGCCCUGUUCGUGUACUGGGAUCCGCUGCCCUACUGUGCCUACUACCACUUCCAACUACCGUUCAACUCGGUAAAAAAUUUCCUACACAAACGACAACGGGCACGAACGAUGCCACGUGCCGCGGCGCCGGUACAAUGAUCACGGCAUCGUUCGGUGAUCUGCCACCGGCCAAGGUGCAACUGAUAAGAGCCGUAAUCGAGAAGACGAUUUUGUUGAGUUGUUCUAAAGGUAUUCUUAUAGUCUCCGUUGAGCGAUCUUGUGGAAUUGGCCAUCUUUGAAAAACAGCCUAAAACAGGUUUUCUUGUAUCAGUAACUAGUUUUUUUUGUGAACGAUCACUUUUCAAAGAUGGCCGCCUUCGCCGAUUUCUGAAUUGAGUCAAGAGUUUACUCUUUCAACCUGGAGAGAGAAGUAUCAGACUCGCGAAAACUGAGCAUCCGUAGAAUUUAGGAGAGCUGUUGAUGAGCCGGAGAGUGUUUUAUAUACGUAGUAGGAUUGUAGUAUCCAUCCUAAGCUAAUAACGCUAUUGACCGCAAGUAAAGAUGACUAUGUUGUGCACUACUUAGACUAGGGGAGCUCCAAUUUUGUUUUGUGUAAGUUUGUUGCUGGGCAACAGAAAAGCAGUGUAAAUAUUUGAAUUGUAUAGAUAUCUAGUUUUAGUCAGUUUUUCUAUGUGUGGAUUUGCGCAAGGAAAUAAGUACAAAUUAAAUGACAGUUUAAUAUAUAACCACUAGAUAUAGGAGACAUAUUAUGUAAGCAAUGAAAAAAAUAAUAAUGAAAAUAUACAUCUUUACUUGAAAA